CUCAAAAGCCUUGAAUUUAGUCCCUUUUAUAUAGUAGGAUAAUGGUAUAUCAAUAUUGCAAUAAAUCAUCAUUGAUUAUACGGCCUUUUGUAGAUAUUCUUAAAUACUAGGAUAAGAAUUUUUAAUUAAGAUUGCAUACUCAAAGCAUCAAAUGCCAAACACAAAUGUAAGAGAUUUUUUUUUUGUCAUCGACUUGAACAAAUUCAAUUAAGCCUCUGCUAGUAGUAAAGGAAAUUCUGUCACCUUUAUUAAUUAUUUUUUGUUUUAAAUUAAUUUCUAACGAAAAUGUUGAAGAACACUGUCAUUACUACCUGAUUAAAGUCUGAUAACUAUUUGACUACAUUGUGUAAAUGUAAAUAUUGCACAAUCUUUCUAUGUCAACACUCAAUUUUAUCAUUUUAUAUUAAUAAAAAUUCUCAAUUAGUUUAAUCACAGAGAAAUCUUUAAAAAUAAAACACUUAUAUUUUGUUAAUUUAAAUUAAAUUUUUAUAAAUAACAAAAUAGAAAAUAUAGAUAGUAAUUAAAUAUUUUGUUUUUAAAUUUUAAAUUAUUAAAAAAGUUUUACAUCAACUUAAAAUGCAUUACAACGCAAUAAUAAACACACGACACAACUAAUAAAACACACAUAACUUAACUAAUAUAAUAGAUACAACUUAUACAAAUUUCUUUCGGUAAAGAAAAUAGUUAAGGAUAUAAUCAAGAGUUUAAGAGUAAAAUGAUAGAAAAUUAUAUUUUUUUAGUUUAUCUCCAAAUUAAAUGAAACAAAUCUAAAAAAUGAUAAAUUUUGAUAUAAGAUAAAUAUUUUUAAAAAGUUAAUUUAUUAUAGAAAAUUGGCUUCAAAUAGCUAGGAUGAAAAAAGAAAAGUCAUAAUUUUCAGUGGCCAAUAACAUUAUUGCACUUGCACAUAUCUUUACUUUUCCAUUAUUUUAAAAACUAAAUUAAUACCUUUUUUUUUUUUUUUGAACAAACUAAAUUAAUACCUAAUAUUACAAAUGCAACAUGUGUAUUUUCUUACCCUCUCUUUCAUCGAUUUCAACUCAUUAUUCAACACACCACUAAAGCAAUUAAACUGUUGAAUUUAUUUUUCAAUAUGCUCACUGUAAAUGGUCUUAGAAAUCAUCUGAUUUGGUUAUUUCCAGUUCGCGCUAAAAUGUUAAGAUCGUUGCGAACGAUCACGGUUUAAAGAUCAAUCAAAGGUCAAAGCUUUUGAGAUUCUCUCUCUUUUGUCUUUUGGGGAUGAACUCUAUUUUGGCACGAUUGUUUAAUAGAUAAGCUUUUUGUUUUGUUUUGUUUUACUGUACUUUAUAUCAUCAAAAGUAUUAUCUGAAAAAAGAAACGAGAAAAUACUUUAAGCAUUGACGUUAAAAAGUUAAAACGUCCAGAAAAUUAUUACAACGAUUUAAAAGAUUAAAAAAAAAUGACCACAUUAUUAGAAUAAAUUUGGUUAUCUAAUGUACGGUUUAGUAAUCAUCACAAUUGGUUAUUGCCGGUUCAGGCUAAAAUGGUUAAAACGUUGUCAACGACUAGAGUCAAAGGUAAAAGCUUCAAAGUAGAAGCAUUCUCCGUCUGCGUUUCCCGCGUACGAUUCAUCGUCUUCAACAAAUUCGAGAAUAAGCUUUGAUCUCACAAUCAUCUUCGAGACGGAGGUUUUACCUCACGAAGCUCUUGAGACUCUCUGUGUGUUGAACCUUCUUGAUCUCUUUCGUCAUCGUCUUUACCUGUAUUGAAAUUCCAUAAAGAGAUAGAUGGCUGAGAUCUGGAGCUUCAGCGACAAUGAGUAUCUCUUGUCAGUUUGCAAGGAUGAUGAUCGCUUUCGCUCAGUUCAUAUCCUAGAUGCAAGCAUACACUUGGGAAAGUCUAUGGUAGCCUGCAGAGAACAGUUGAGGAGACUCCAACGCACAGAUUGGACUGAAGAAGAAGACCAAGAGCUGUUGAAGCUCUGUGAUGACCACACUGAUCUAAUCUUCAUAGCAUGUCAGAUAGGAAGAACAGUAGACUCAUGUUCUGCCAGGCUGAACCAUCUGGUGAAAGGUUGGAAGACUAAAGAAGUCUACACCUUCUUUGGCGAGAUGAGAGUCAAGAUAGCAAUCAUAUGUCCUCCUCAAAACUCUGCUUUUCUCCACCAAGGGACAGUCCUCGAUCACAUCAGAGAAAGUACACAAGUUGGCAUUGGUUACAAUCAGUUUGGCCACCUUUACUAUCACAUCGUUAGGAUCUCAACUACCGAGCUUUUUAAAGAGACUCGCACUCAACGAGCCAUGGAACUUUUGCUACCCCACUGCAAGGUCGUGAAUAAAGGGGUCCAUUCAGUGAGUUUCCAUCUAAAGAAGUCAAGAGAUGCGAUUCUACGUGACCAAAAAUUCAAGGAUCUUAAACUGCAAGUAUCUGUAUCAGACUGGAACGAAGAUCUACACAUUCAGAUCUCUGGAGAGGAAGCUGCUUUCAACCAGACCUUUUGGUCUGUGUUUGCCAUGCUGAAGAGCUGGUUCUUCAGAGGUUUAGAAUCUCUCAUUGUCUCACCUGCUGGUAUCCUAGAGAACCCUCAAAAUGUCCACACAUCUGUGAAAAAGAAUGUGAAGAAAGCAGCAACUCCUAAAGAUAACUCUUCAGAACCAAUUGAAGAGUUUAACCUCUUUCUCCAAGCAGCAAUGGAUUACCAGCCUAAAUCUGAAACAGAACCUCCUAAAGGUUCACUCUCCAUCAACCUCCUAAAGCAUCAGAGAGUUGCAUUAGCGUGGAUGAUACAGAAAGAGAGGACAUGCUUUGGAGGGAUAUUAGCUGAUGACCAAGGUCUUGGUAAGACUGUAUCCAUUCUUGCUCUCAUGAUGACAGAAAGGAAGAAUGGUGUCUGUGAUCAAUCAAAAGGAAGAAGAGCAGCUGGAACUCUUAUCAUAUGUCCAAGUAGUCUGAUGAGGCAGUGGGCUGAAGAACUCCUCAACAAGAUCUCUCCUGAAGCCAAACUUUCUGUUCUGAUUUUCCAUGGGUCUAAUAGAUGUCAAGAUGCGGAGACGCUAUCAAAAUAUGAUGUUGUAAUAACAUCAUAUGGCACCAAUGUGAAAUCUGCUUGUGUGUUUGCUAGUCUUGCCUGGUAUAGAGUUGUGUUGGAUGAAGCGCAGAUCAUCAAGAAUCAUAAAAGUAACAUCGCCUCUGCAUGCUUUCAGCUUCACGCCAAGUGUAGAUGGUGCCUAUCUGGAACUCCCAUCCAGAAUUCUAUCGAUGACCUCUACAGCUUCUUUAGGUUCAUCAAGUGUCAACCCUAUUCUAGUUACUCAGUCUUCUGUGACAAAAUUAUGAAAGUGCUCUCGACGAACCCAACGGAAGGGUACGAGAUACUUCAGGCGUUGUUGAAAACAACACUCCUCAGAAGAACCAAAGGUACGAUAAUGGAUGGAGAACCAAUCCUCUCUUUACCUCCCAAGUCUACUGAGUUGAGAAAAGUGGAGUUGAGUAAAGAAGAAGUUGAUUUCUACAAGGCCUUAGAGAAGGAGACAGGGGGAUUCUAUAAGGAAAAAGAAUCAGCUGGGAUGGUGAACAAAGAUUUUAAAGAAGUUUUGGCCAGGCUGAUGCGUCUUCGUCAAGCUUGCAAUCAUCCUCUUCUCGUAUCCUCCAGUCUCCCAAGUACAUCCUCCUCAGCUCAAAUUGCAAAGAAACUUCCAUUCGGUUCCUCCAAGCUGAAGGCUACACUAGAGAUACUAUCAGAGAGCUUGAUUCAGAAAGGAGUUAAGGCUCUGGUUUUUACACAGUGGACAAAGAUGCUAGACCUUCUUGAAGAUAGUCUCAAAGAAUCAUCCUUUCAGUACCGAAGAUUCGAUGGGAAAAUGUCCAUGGAAGCAAGACAUAAGUCUAUUGAAGAGUUUAAGAAUCUCCCGGAGGUUAAUGUGAUGAUCAUGUCUUUGAAGGCGGCUUGUGUCGGGUUAAACCUUGUGGCUGCUUCACUGGUACUUAUCAUGGACCCAUGGUGGAACCCGACCACUGAGGAUCAAGCGAUUGAUCGGGUUCAUCGUAUCGGUCAGACAAGACCCGUUAGAGUGGUGCGUCUCUUGGUAAGCAAUUCCGUAGAAGAUCGUUUGCUAAAGCUUCAGGAAAAGAAGAAAAAAAUGGUAGCAUGUGCCUUUGGAAAAUGUGACCAGAGAUUCUCUCUUGAGGACUGGGAGCAUCUCCUAGUAGUUGAUUAGGUAGCUACAGUCUCGUUGCUCUUCCAGAUAUGUCUUUUAGUUCAAACAUAUUCUUCCCCACUCACUAUCCAGCGAUCCAACAUUAUGCGUUCUGGAAGACUUGUCCUCUGCAUGUCCAAAACAUGUUGUUGCAUUCUGCUUCUCGCUCUAAUAGCCCCUUUCAAAUUUCCACCUAUAGCUUUAAAAGAAGAAAAGGCACAGAAACUGACAUCAAAGACAAUGUAUGUUCAAGACUGCUUUGUUUCAUGCAAUAAAGAAGAAAAAAAACGGUUAGAUGUGAUCAAGACAAUGUAUGUUCAUUCAGUUUCACUCACAGUCAACGUAUAUGUUCUUUAUCCCUAUUGUCUCAUAAUCUGGGGAUGAACUGCCCCCUUGAGGUACUCCCCAUUCUCUAAGACGACUGGUCAUCCAAGACACUCAAUCUUUUCACUAUGCAUUCAUUCCCAUCCUCAGAUUGAGCUCCAAUGGCUCAAGUUUCUGGAGCAAACCAACACAAACAGUUUCAAAAACGUUCAAGAUUCAUCUUUCACAGAACUUAUGGACUAGUGCAAUAGGUGACAUACCGAUAUAUCUCAGACCCAAACCCAAACACUAUCCCGGCAUAUCACUGGUUGGCAUUUAUGACCAUGAACUUGUGAUAUCAACAUCUAAGCUGUCUAGUUUAUCUCAAAGACAAUAAAAAACCUUCAAGCCAUCAUCCAAUCCACAGAAAAGGGUUUGUCCAUCUGGAUGAAAAGCAAUUGAACGAACUCCAGUAGCCUGUGAAACAAGGGACACCACAUGCCAGGAAGAAGAUUAGUUUUGUUACAUAUUACGAAGUGUAUCCAAAUAUAAAUUAGUACUAUGUCAGAUUAUUUGCCGACUGCUCUUGUUACAAAUAUAAUUAUAAAUUUGUCAAUG